AGAAGAGCAGCUGCAGGCCUCCUGAGAAGGAGUUCACAAUAUAGACUCUUGGAUUAUUAGCAGAAAAUUAGCAGCUUGAUGCUGGAAAGGAAGGGAAGGAGACAUGAGAAAAAAACUUUCUCAUGGUGAUUUGCAAGUGAAUUCCAUGAAUUCUCUAUUUUGGAACUAUCCCCAUUAGAAAGAAAGCCUAAAAGAUGGAUCUGGGAAAGGCAAAGCUGCUGAGAACCGGCCUCAAUGCUUUAUAUCAAGCUAUCCACCCUGUGCAUGGAAUUGCCUGGACAGAUGGGAAGCAAGUGAUACUGACUACUUUAUACUAUCAAAAUGGAGAGCUGAAGUUUGGAGACUCAAGCAUUCUUGGUCAAUUUGAACAUGUGCAUGGGCUUUACUGGGGCCCAUAUUGCUCUACAGACAGCCCAGCUCUGCUUGCCGUUCAGCACAAAAAGCACGUAAGCAUUUGGCAGCUGGUCUACAGCAGUGCAGAGAAGAAAAAGCCCUUGAUUUCUCAGACCUGUGAAGUUGGUGAGCCAUUUCCACUGCUUUCUCAGGGCUGUGUCUGGCAUCCAAAGAAGGAGGUCUUGGCUGUGCUUACAAAACGAGAUGCUUCAGUCUUGCAUGCUGUUCGUACUGACAAUACGCGGGUUAAGGCAGAGAUCAAAAGCAGCGGACUCAUCCACUGUGCUUGCUGGACUAAGGAUGGUAAUCGUUUAGUAGUUGCUAUAGGCACUACCCUGCACUCCUACAUAUGGGAUAAUGCUCAGAAAACUCUAAAUAUCUGCUCCUUUUGCCCAGUUUUUGAUGUGGGAGGUUAUAUCUGCGCUAUAGAAGCCACUCUGGAUUUCCAGAUUGCUGUAGCUACUGAGCUUCCUUUAGAUAACAUCUGUGGUUUCAAUGCAGGCAUUGCAUUUGAUGUGCCCUCUGGUACAGAAGCUGUUUCUUUAAUCUCACAGUCUGCUUUGGUGCUUGGUGACGAGGAAUACUCCAUGGACACACGAAGAAAGUCCAUAGAUUCAGAUAGAUCAGGUGUUGAUUCAGUUGCUUCUUCUUCAUCAGGUCCUGUGGAUUUGACCCAUAUCCUUGCAAACCACCGUCGGUCUGAUCCCAGUCCUCUCAUUACUCUGAAACGCAAAGACUCUGCAGCAACAAAUGGUCAAGAUUCUUCUCACUUGAUCUUGGUGACUUUUGAGAGGAAGGUAACGACCACCAGAAAAGUCACCAUCCCAGGUAUUCUGGUUCCUGAUAUAAUGGCUUUUGAUCUUAGAGCUCAGAUUGUGGCAGUAGCCUCUAAUACUUCUAAUAUUGUUCUGGUGUAUUCAGUAACCUCUUCCUCCAUGCCUCAUAUUCAACAAAUUCAGCUGGAAAAAAAUGAAAGACCAAAGGGCCUAUGCUUUUUCACAGACAAACUCUUAUUGAUUCUGAUUGGCAAGCAGAGGUUCCCCGAUCCUAAUCUCAUUCCAUCUUCAAGUUCAGACAGGUAUGUAAUGCGUCUUAUGGUCAAAGAAUUGAUGCUGGAAGAAAAUUCUUCAGCAUUGCCUGAGACUAAGCAGAAUAUGUUUUAUAACUUUGAAUCCUCUGUUAAUAUACCUGGGAAAAGAAAAUUCUUUGAGAACCUUGCCACAGAAGACCAACCUCAAAGCAGGGAGUUGUUAAUACCAAGAAGCACAGUUAUUCAGUCUCCAAGUGGCAGGAGAAGACUCAUUGAAGAAGUAAAGAGCCCUAGUUAUGAGCAGAGCUCUUCAUCAAGUGUGAGUGACCUGGAUGAGAAAAGGCUCCCAGGUGACUCCUCAGUGGCCUUGGAAACACUGGAUGCUGAACCUAUGAAUCGCUCAGUAUCUCUUCGUGGUUUUGGAUCACCCAGCAGGAUUUCCAGCAGACCAACAUCCCCUAAAGUGCAGUUCAAUAUGAUCCGAGAAGCAUCGAAUUCUCCUAAAAACAACAAUUUGCCAAGUGAAAGGGGAAUGAGUCACAUAUCUAGAAAUUUAGAAAGACUUUGUGGCAGUUUCAACGAGUUACAGCUGAGUCUUUCCGAAAUCACGGACUUCGCUAGGAACGGGAGGAGGAUAUCUUUAGCCUACCCGUGCUCCCAGGAACCGCCUGUCGUGCAUGUCACCUACCAGAAAAGCUUUUCAAAUGGAUCAGUUACUGAAGAAACAAAAGACGUUCUCCUCUGUGAUGGCAAGAUCCAUUUGAGUUUAGUCCAGCAGCUGUUUGACCUGCCUGUUAUUGAAAUGAAACACGGCUCUUCUUGGAUUGUGCUCACUGCAGACAAGGACGGCUUUGUGCCAUUAAUAUUCAAAGCCACACAAGAGAUAAUCAUAAGGGAUGGAACUGACAGUUCAGAAGUCUGUGGAGGUCACUCCCACAAAAAAAGCAUCCCAAUGCGACCACCAAGCAGAGUGACAUAAUUUCUGAACAAAGAACCCAAAUGACCUUUUCUCCUACAAUACAGAGACAUUCUGUGCUCUCAGACACUGAGAGACUAGAAAGCUGUCUUCACUACUUUCUGUGUUAACUGCAAAAUCUGUGGCAUGGUUACACUAUAGCUACAUCCUCGGGUUGGCUGGACCCUCACUAUUCCUUUGGAAGGACUGGACCUACAGUGAAGUUCACCACAGCUGCUGUUAUUAAUGGCUGGAGCUGAGAGACUAUUGUCUACUUUGACUGAGGUCAGGAUGUUCUUGGAGGAACAGUAUUAUGCUAAAAAUCACACAGUAACAACAAAUCUAGCUGGUGCAGAUAUACAUUUUAUCAUAAAACCUGAAGAAAAUACAACUAAAGGGCUUUUAUAUUCAUUAAGGAAAACCAGGAUAGAGAAAAAAAUUGUUUCAGCCUCUUUUCUAUUCCAGCUGGAUCCCAUGGAAACCUGCAACAUUUUCAGAAAUGCCUAAUUUUUAUAUGAAAAUGUUCAAUUACUAAAAAGGCUUCAUCACUGUCUCCUGUCAGUGUCUUACACAGCAUGUGGAUUUAUACAUGCACCCAGAAGAGAAAGAAAAAAUCUUGCAAGAUAAAUUGAGAAUCAAAGAUAUUGAAUGUAAAUUUCAUUUGGCUAAAUGCAGAUGUAUACACUGAACAUUUAAUCUAUGCUCCUGCAUGAUCAGUCAAAAAAGAAAAGCACUUCUACAGCAGAUUAUUCAUGCCCUAACAGAGAUUUCUAAAACUGAUUGUGGUGAACUGUCCCUGUGAAAUAAGUGCCUGUUCCUUUCCACUGACUGCAAACACAAGCUGGGGGACUGGUUUAAACACAAACAUUUGCUUUUAGCCAGGUGAACCUCACCCUGAGAGACAAGAGACAACACAGAUACAGGUGAGAGUCAGGCAGGAGGGCCCAUGGGAAUGAAACUGCUGCGAUUAUGGUGAUAGAAAUAGGCAUAAGGGAAGAACUCAAUGAACUCUCUAACUUUUCCUCACUGAAAUGCAAAAUGAAGGAUAAAGUAGAGUGAGCAGUCAUGUGUGCAAGGGCAUUUUGUACUGCUGGAGCCAUGGAAAGUUGUGUCUGCUUCACCCUGUACAACCAGGGAAACAGACAAGGAAGGACACUUCAGCUACUAUUAGGAGUUAUUUUUCAUACUCUGCAUUUUGGGUCUUGUUUAUACUCCUGGGGAGUCUUUUUUCCUUUCCUGGGAAUUAUGGCAAGCCCAUUCAUAGGGCACAGAUACUAAAAUCCAGUUACAAUACCUCACCCCAGACAAAGGCUGGAUCAAGACAGUAGAGCUAUGCUUUGAAGGACUUUAUUGGGUUUGGAGGUUUGCAUUAGUACCAUUGCAGUGAUGCAGCCAGGAAUCUCAUAAGGAACAAUUUCAAUUCUUGAAAUAAGUAAACAGUUUCAUUUCAUUGAAUUAAAUGUCUUCUUCAUGCAAGUAUCCUCCCAGGGACAAAGGAAUCAUCAUUCUAAAUCACCUAUAACCACAGGUAUGCAAUAUCACAAAAUAUAUUUGUACUACCUUGUUUGUAAAGAUAUGUUUAAGCAGCCUCAAGAAGCAUUCCUGAUUGUAAAAAAAAUCCUAAACAACAAAUAAAUAUGACUUUUUAAGUAUUAAACACAUCAGUUACUUUAUAGUUAUUGGGAUAAUUGGAUUUUCUGCUUCUUUGCAUUAGACUUGUGUUCAAAUUGGUAUUUGUAUUAUUACUGCUUUAAGAAUUUGAUGUAAGUCAUUCUUUCCUUCACUGAAAUCAGCACAAAUCACUGAAAUCAAACAAGUAACACAAAGGUUCACAGACAUAGCAUGGUGAGGGAAGACAUGAUCAGAUUUCUAAAGGACAUAGCACAUUUCAAGGCAGCAGAUGUUUCUAAUCCUGCAAAUACCCUUGAAUAACAUCCUUAUGUCUCAUAAGUCUUGGGUAUUUACAAUGCUUAUGUUAUGGCCAAGCAAAAUAAAACUUAAUUAUAACUAACUAGAGUGAUGGGAGGAUCUAUUUUAGAGGACUACUUAGGGAAAAAUAAAGGAAAAAACGACAAGGAAAUUUUUUUCACAAAUAUUAUCUUGUAUGGGUGAUAAUCCCAUAGUUUGAUCCACUCAAAUUGAAGCUAAUGAAGCACAGAAAAUGCUACAGGGGAACUUUGGGAAGGUGAAAAACUGAACUAGCAGAGAUCAGCAAGUAUCCAGGUAUUAAAGAUCCCUCAAAACUUAUAACCAGACACUUCUUUGUCAUUCUGUCAUAUUACCAUAUUAGUUUUUCAUGCACUACACUUCUAUAAAACAAUCUGAGUGUUGAGGAGAUCAGAAAUUAAAGGAGAUUCUUUGAACAGCUAUCAAAGUUUGGUUUGGUUCUGUUUGAUGGAGCUAAAAAAGGACAAAUAUUCAGAUGACAGAACAGUUUGUUUCAGAGAGUGACUAGCUGUAAAAUUGAAAACUUUAGUUCUGUGACGCUUAAUGAAUUUCUGAAUUUGUUAUAUAUUGGUGACAUUGUUUUCCCUGCUGUAUGAUUCAAAGAUUAAGUAGGAGCCAUUCGACCUGAAAGUGCCAUCAUCAGCCAGCACAAAUAGUCUGGUAACAAAAAAGGAUUCCAGUUCAUUCUGUUGGCCACUUAAAAUUUUAUAGGAAAGCUUAGGAAAAAUACUGUACAUCAAUUAAAAUUGCAUAAUGUUAAAGAAUAGAACUGUUCCCACAUUUAUGAGUAUGCUGUUAUGUAAAUAUGCUUGAAAACAAGGGUUUAAACCACAUAGAUACACUCAAAAAUGGACAACAAUUGAACAAAGAAAUAUUUGGUUUCAGGUACUGAUUAAGGAGAGCAGCACAGUGCAGAGUUAUCUAGUGUCUAUUACAGGGCUGUAAAGUUAAAAUUGAAACAAUAAAAGCACUGGAAGAAGUGCUGAAGAGAUUUAUGCAAAGCAGAGGAUAAAUUUUCAGCUUUGGUUUGGAUGGAGAACAGAUGGAGAAUGAGUGAAGUAGAGAGAUAAAAGACAACUGUUCUAUUAAGCACAAGCUGUACAGAAGAUAUUUGCAAAAACAGUGAUAAAGGC